AUGACAGAAGCAGCCACGGUAACAGCCGGCUCCAAGGCGGGCGAUGUUACAAACCAGAACCCCGGCCGGAGGGUGUGGCGUGAAGGGAGACUAUCUCCCAGAGACAGACCUGGUGUUCUGGCCUCUGACGACCCCGGUAAAGCCCCCAAUAGAAUCCACCGGCAAUCCCAAGAGGUCCUGAGCACCUCCACGCAACUGGAGGCUCCUGUUUUUGCGCCGGGUGUCACUGUAGCUCGUCUCCUACCAGCCUGCUCAUAUCUGCUUCUGUGUCCAGACCUAAGCCCAUGUGGGGACCUGGAAACAGAUGGCAGUGACAGGCAUGUCCAGUCUGCAGGCAGGCCCGGGGCAAUGGGGAGGUUUGCCAGUGACCAGGGUCACAGCUCCGUCUGCACAGGGGACACUGGCAUCUUCUGA